AUGUCCCCUUCUGCUGAUACCAUUGCUGGCAACCCCGGCGCCGUCAAGUCCGGAAUCACCUCCGUUCACGUCAACACUGAUCGAACUCAGAUCAAGGAUGGAAACCUCUACUCCACCUACACCUACGACAACGCUACCGUGUCUAAGUCCGCCGAUGGCAAGUACGAGGUGACCCCCACUUCCACUGACUACGAGUUCAAGGUCGACCUGACUGUCCCCAAGACCGGUCUGAUGCUUGUCGGUCUCGGAGGAAACAACGGUACCACCCUUGCUGCCGCUGUUGCCGCCAACCGACACAACAUCAAGUUCAACACCAAGAAUGGCGAGAUCGAGCCCAACUACUUUGGCUCCGUCACCCAGGCUUCCACCAUCAAGCUUGGUGUUGACAAGGACGGUAAGGACGUCUAUGCCCCUUUCUCUGAGGUCCUCCCCAUGCUGCACCCCAACGACUUUGUCCUUGGCGGCUGGGAUAUCUCCUCUCUCAACCUGUCCGACGCCAUGAAGCGUGCCAAGGUUCUGGAGUACGACCUGCAGCGACAGGUGGCCAAGCACCUGCAGCCCAUCACCCCCAUGAAGUCCGUCUACUACCCCGACUUCAUUGCUGCCAACCAGGGCGAGCGAGCUGACAACGUCAUCGAGGGCACCGAUAAGUGGGCCCACGUCGAGCACAUCCGAAAGGAUAUCCGGGAGUUCAAGGAGAAGAACGGACUCGACAAGGUGAUUGUUCUCUGGACCGCCAACACUGAGCGAUACGCCAACCUCAUCGACGGUGUCAACGACACCGCCGACAACCUCCUCAAGUCCAUCAAGGAGUCCCACGAGGAGAUUGCCCCCUCCACCGUGUUUGCCGUCGCCUCCAUUCUCGAGGGCGUCCCCUACAUUAACGGUUCCCCCCAGAACACCUUUGUUCCCGGCUGCAUCGAGCUUGCCGAGCGAGAGGGCGCCUACAUUGGAGGUGAUGACUUCAAGUCUGGCCAGACCAAGCUCAAGUCCGUCCUUGCCCAGUUCCUGGUCGAUGCCGGUAUCAAGCCUCUUUCCGUCGCUUCUUACAACCAUCUGGGUAACAACGACGGUUUCAACCUGUCUGCUCCCCAGCAGUUCCGAUCCAAGGAGAUCUCCAAGGCCUCUGUCAUUGACGACAUGAUCGAGUCCAACCAGCUGCUGUACAACGACAAGAACGGUAACUCUGUUGACCACUGCAUUGUCAUCAAGUACGUGCCAGCUGUCGGAGAUUCCAAGGUUGCCAUGGAUGAGUACCACUCCGAGCUCAUGCUUGGUGGUCACAACACCAUCUCCAUCCACAACGUUUGUGAGGACUCUCUGCUCGCCACCCCCCUGAUCAUCGAUCUGGUCAUCAUGGCUGAGUUCCUGUCCCGAGUCUCCUACAAGAAGAAGGGCGAGGAGGGUGACUUCCAGAAGUUCCACUCUGUCCUUUCCUUCCUGUCUUACUGGCUCAAGGCUCCUCUGACCCGACCUGGCUUCGAUGCCGUCAACGGUCUUAACAAGCAGCGAGCCGCUCUUGAGAACCUCAUGCGAGCUCUCAUUGGACUCAAGCCCAACAACGACAUGAAGCUCGAGGAGCGAUGUCUUUAA